AUGGGACGAGGCAAGGAGAUAUCCCUUCGGGAUCGGUCUACUCGAGCUACACCACCACGUGCAGACACUAGUAAGUCUUGUCGGUAUCAUCGUAAUCGUGGACAUUCUACCGAUGAGUGCGCAGCCCUUAGGGACAAAAUUGAAGAUUUGAUUAAGCAAGGCAAAUUGCAAAAUUUUGUGGACCGGACUGGAUCAUCCCAAACCCGCUCAUAUCAACCUCGGUAUCAAGAUCGGCGCAGGCAGGACCGUUCCGAUAGAGUUCCUCGUGAAAGAAGCAGGUCACGAAAAAGAAGUAGAUCACGGGAAAGAAAAGAUACCUCGGCACCAUCGCAUAGGAGGGUGAUUAAUACUAUAGCAGGAGGAUUUGCUGGUGGAGGCUCAACGUCCUCAGCUCAAAAGAGGCAUCUUAGAGCAAUUCGAUCGGUUAAUGUUGUACACAGACAGCCUUCGCGGAGAUUACCAUCAAUAACUUUUACUGAUGUCGAUUUCAAGGGUAUUGAUCCGGAGCAAGAUGAUCCGAUGGUUAUCAGCGUGGAGAUCCACAAUUGCAUUGUUAAGAAAACAUUGGUCAAUCAGGGAGCCAAAAAACCGCUUCACAAUGAUGAAAACUGGGAAUACGCAAUCACGCGCCGCCAGGGGAGUUAA